AUGGCCAAAGCUUCAAGACGCCGGCGAAAAAUGAGUCGCCUUCAGGAAUACCAGGUCGUUGGCCGUCUGUUGCCCACCGAUGCCAACCCCACCCCCAAGCUCUACCGCAUGCGCGUCUUCGCUCCCAACGAGGUCGUCGCCAAGAGCAGAUUCUGGUACUUCUUGUCUCAGCUGAGAAAGGUCAAGAAGGCAAACGGCGAGAUCGUUACCCUCAACAAGAUUCAUGAGAAGCGCCCCCAGAAGGUCAAGAACUUCGGUAUCUGGAUCCGUUACGACUCUCGCUCUGGUACCCACAACAUGUACAAGGAGUACCGCGAGAUGUCCCGCUGCGAGGCUGUCCAGGCCCUCUACCAGGACAUGGCCGCCCGCCACCGUGCCCGCUUCCGAUCGAUCCACAUCAUCAAGGUCGUCGAGGUCGAGAAGGCCGAGGAUAUCCGCCGCCCCUACAUCAAGCAGCUCCUCACCAAGAACCUCAAGUUCCCCCUUCCUCACCGUAUCCCCAAGACCGCCGGCAAGAAGGUCUUCGCCGCUCACCGCCCCGCCACCUUCUUCUAA